GUGGGCCAAACUCCUUCCUGAGGUAAACGUAAUAAGAGAUUAGUUCGUGCAGUUAUACGUCUGCUGCCCAAACUUAACGUUUUUUGGGCCUCGAAAACAUAAACCUCGUUAAGGAAUGUUUUGAUCCUUCGAUUCUUUGCAGUUAACUCCCCAUCCUAAAAGUAGCAGAUAUGGUAGAGCCAGCGUCACGCAAGUUUGCAUCACUAGAAGAGGAACUGAGCUUCUGGAAGGAGCAGGCAGAGAGACACCAUCAAAGAGCUGAAGAGGCUCAGGAGGAGCUGCAGGAGUUUCAGCAGAUGAGUCGAGACUAUGAGGCAGAACUGGAAACCGAGCUAAAGCAGUGUGAGGGUCGAAACAAAGAGCUGCUUUUAGACAACAACAGACUCCGCAUGGAACUGGAAAGCAUAAAGGAGAAACUUGAGGCUCAGCAUUCUGAUGCUUUCAGACACAUCUCAACCUUAGAGGAAGAUCUGGCACAAACUAGAGCAGUUAGAGAUCACCUGCAGAAAUACAUCAGAGAGCUGGAGCAAUCCAAUGAUGACCUGGAGAGGACUAAAAGGGCUACUAUCAUGUCACUGGAGGACUUUGAGCAGCGGAUGAACCACGUCAUUGAGAGAAAUGCCUUUCUGGAGAGUGAAUUGGAUGAGAAGGAGAACCUGCUGGAGUCUGUUCAGAGGCUCAAGGAUGAAGCCAGAGAUCUUCGCCAGGAGUUGGCUGUUCGUCAGAAGGAGAGACGACCAUCCAGCAGCUUAGCCAAAGAUACAGAUCGGUCAGAUCUGCCAUGCCCCUCAGUACCCAACCCAUCCAUACCCAUCACACCCUCCAAACCCAUUAGCUCAUUUGUCACACCCCCUGCUUCCAGUACUAGACGAGGUGAUGGACUGACCGGAACUCCUCUUACCACAUCUGCUAGAAUAUCUGCACUCAACAUUGUUGGGGAACUGCUAAGAAAAGUUGGAAAUCUGGAGUCAAAGUUGGCAUCCUGUAGAGACUUUGUGUAUGACACUUCCGUCAGCCGACCAGCACUUCCAGCAGCCCCGGGUAGUCCUUCUGGCUUAGAAGGAGGCUCUGAGGUCCAAGCUACCAGUAUGAGCCCUCCACCUCAGUAUGACAGUUUAGUGAAGAGGUUGGAGUUUGGACCAGCUCCUCCGAGAGGAGUCUCCCAGGGUGCCCAGUCUCCACAAGGAGGUGUCAAGAUUCUGCUAUGAGAAAGAAAGGCAUACAUGGCACCAUCAUUCUAUCCCCCUCUGCCUCCUUAAUGAACUACAGCAAUGGACUUUAAACUGAGCUGUUGCUGUGUGCCCUGCUGAACUCUUAGAACAAGAAAGCCACACUGCUCGCUCCAUGCCCCAGAUAGUCAGCACAUAGACUCCUGCUGCCUCAGGCUAGUAUGACACCACACCUAUCAUAGGAAGCAAUACUAGAGCUUCUGUAAUAUCAAUGAAUGAAAAACCUGCUUGCAUUAUCCUCUGCUGUCUGUUACACUGUGGGUACCUUCUUGAACAUAAUUAUUACUCAAUUCUGUAUCUACUGAUUUGCUUUGUGGUGGAUUAAGUAAAUCAGGGAUGUUAAAAGCAUGACCCCUAUGCAAACAUAUUAAAUAGGGUUCCAGCAGUUGCCCACUGAUGAUAAGAAAAGAACCUAAUAUAAAACCAGUGAUAUAAACAACAGCUGCCUCUUAUGGCACUGAUAAAGGGACCAAAUCCUGGGGGUAGAUGAUACAAAUAUUGACCAAAGCUUUGACUGAUGAAAUUUGAUAAACAAUGAGCUUAUAUAAACAAUAUACAAUUCUAGGUCAGAUUUUUUCUCACUUUUCAAUCUUGGAAAAAGUAUACACUUUCAUAAAUGUAUCAUUCUAAUUCUGUUUUUAAUAAUUAAACAUAGGGCUGGAUUAAUGUAGCAUAUAACAACACUAGGAGUGUGAGAUUGUUACUGUUGGUUCAAACUAUUGAAAUUAUUUUUUCAACAUGAGUCACUUUUUUUCUGAAGACUCUGUAUUUUCCAUUGCUCUGAAGUCAGAGUAAAUUUAAUGAUGCCAGGAACCGUUAUCUGUGUUUUAGCCAUGGCUGCCUUCAUCGUUGUACCUCUUCAGUUAGUAGGCCUUGCUUUGCUGUGAGCAUUUGAUUAAAUCAAAUGGGUCUUUGAAAUCUCCUGCUGCCAGACUUCUGGAAAUGAUAGGCUGUCUUAUUCCUUUCAAGCUGAUUAAUCUUACAGGUAUGCAGGUUAGUCCUAGUCUUAACAACUUUCUGCCAUCAAACACUUGUUUUAAGCAGACUGAAUAUUUUUGGUACAUGGGUGUACUUAUUAAUGUGAAAAUUAGGAAUAAAGUAAGUUUUCCUCCUCAGAGAUGAACUUAUACUUUGUUAUCCUGUAGUUUUAUGAUCUUGUGUUACCAGUAACUUUUUCAAUUUUAGUUGACUGGAGAAGUUAGGUAAUUUUUCUCCACUGAAUGUAUAGUAAUAAUUCCUUAAUGUAUGUGAGAACUUAAGACUGCUGCAGGAGUCGUGAUGGAAUAAUGGGUGAAAGACCAAGCAAUAAUAGAUUUUAUUAACCGCAUCAAAGAUAAGCACAGUACAGAGUUUAUUUGUGUAGGUAUUAAGCCUAUAUUGGAUAUCCUUUCCUGCCUUUUAGUGACAUAUUUUUAGAUGAGGAAAUAGGUUCUAUUGAGGCAAUUGCUGAGUAAUUCCUUGAAAUGUUUCUGUUUAACCUGGCACUGUUACUACUGCCGUACACCAGUUGAAGAAGUAAAUAUUACAAUGCAAAUGCCAAUAUCACAUGUAAACAGCUGUCAUUGGUGCAUACUAUUUAACUAUGGGAACUGAGUUGUGGUUCAUACUGAUCUAAAAAAUAAUUCCUGCUGUUUACCAUUCAAUUUACUGUGCACUUGGUGUAACUUAGCAGCACCUCUGCAAUUGCUUCUGUAAAUGGACAUUACACUGUAUGUGCCUGAGUCUUCUCCGACUGAUUUGUGGAUCUUUUUUCCAUUUACUGAACAGUUGAUGGUGAUGCUUUGUUGUAAUAAUUCCAGUUAGAUCUCUGAAGUUACUGAAAAAGAUGGAAACAAUAAAAGGAGAAUAUACAUGUAUAUUUUGACAUCUUUAUUUGUUGUGCAGGUGGUUCAAAAAUUAUUUGGUAGAAUAGGUGUUAUGUAAACAUAAACUGAUUACAUAUUUUUCUUGAUCAGAUUAAAAUUGUCUGGUUGAUGAUGUUUGGGUUAUUUUUCAACAUGUAUGAUAACCCUGGAGCAAAGGGGUGCUCCUAAGUGCCCUAUAAUGAUAUUUGGCUUUUCUCUAAAGUAGAACAUUCUUACAUUAAUGGGCUUGAUUAAAGUUAUGAAAAAACCAUAGUGCAUGAAAAGUGCAAAUAUAAAACUGUGACUAGAAAUGUUUAUUAGCUAAAUAUUUGUUGCUUGGUACAAAAAGCAGCACUGAGUGUUGGUAGAUGAAGAA